UCUGGCUCUAGAGGAAGAGCCACAGCCCCUGCCCACCGUGAGGAAGGCGUAUACCCAGGGAGACUGCUGUGGCUGGAGCGGGGCGGUCAGGCUGGAGCAGUGCGGGGAGUGACUAGGCUGAACAGCGGCCGCUGGGUAGGGGUGCGGGGCGUCCGAAGGAGAGACCACGGUGGUAGCCCGUGGUCCCGCCCUGCCGCCGCUCAGCCUGGCAGCGUUCCUUCGCAGCCUCCUGCCAGCACAGCCAGCCCCCUGCCCCCACGGAGCCGGUGCCAGAGCAGCAUUCCGCAAGCCGGGCUGCAUCUCCCCAGUGGAGGCUGCGCCGAGAGGCCACUCGGCCGGGCCUGGGCCUCUGGGCCCCCACCCGGCUGUCCCGAGCAGGCUUCCCUCGCUGCGGCUGCGGCGGUGGCUCAGAGGCCCUGCGCAGCCAAAGGCCACCAGUUGCUGGUUGAGAAGACGACAGACUCGCCGGCGGCAGAGUUCUCGCUGGUGGAGGACGUGGCUCUGCACUUCGCCUGCUUGAUGGGCCGCCUGAACGAGCAGCGCCUCUUCCAGCCGGACCUGUGCGACGUGGACCUAGUGCUGGUGCCCCAGCGCAGCGUGUUCCCCGCACACAAGGGCGUGCUGGCCGCCUACAGCCAGUUCUUCCACUCGCUCUUCACACAGAACAAGCAGCUGCAGCGGGUGGAGCUGUCCCUCGAGGCGCUGGCACCCAGUGGCCUGCAGCAGAUCCUGAACUUCAUAUACACGUCCAAGCUGCUGGUGAACGCAGCCAACGUGCACGAGGUGCUCAGCGCGGCCUCGCUGCUGCAGAUGGCUGACAUCGCUGCCUCCUGCCAGGAGCUGCUGGACGCUCGGUCCCUGGCGCCCACGGGCCCCGUGACCCUGGCACAGCCGGCUGCCAGCUGUGCCCCGGUGCCUCCGCCACCCUACUACUGUGACAUCAAGCAGGAGGCAGACACCCCAGGCAUACCCAAGAUCUAUGCCCGAGAGGGCCCCGACCCCUACUCUGUGCGUGUGGAGGACGGGGCGGGGACAGCCGGGGACUCGGCUGCCCCUGGGCCGGCACAGCCACUCUUCUUCAAGGAGGAGAAGGAAGGGGCGCCUGAGGAGGCUGGGGCACCUGAGGAGGCCGAGGCCCCUAGUAGCCUGUGCAAGCUAGAAAGUAGAGAGGGGCUGGAGCCAGAAUUGGGCGCCUCGGGCACCUAUGGGCGCCAGGAGCAGUCACAAAUCAUUGUGGAAGUCAACCUCAAUAACCAGACGCUGCAUGUGUCCACUGGGUCUGAGGGCAAGCCAGGCUCUGGGGCCACUGUGGUGCUGGGCCAGGAGGAUGGGAUGCAGGAACGCUUAGAAGAAGAGGGGGAGGAAGGGGGAGGGAGUGCAGGGGGAGAGGAGGAGGAGGAAGAGGAGGAAGAAGAGGGAGGCAGCCAGGGAGAGGAGGAAGAUGAGGAAGGACCCAGUGAGCAGGAAGAUGAAGAUGAAGAGGAUGGGCCCAGUGAGCAGGAUGCAGAGAGUUCGGAGGAGGAGGGGGAGGCUGAGGGCAGGCAGGACACCGCGGGUCCUGCGGGGUGUCAGGGCAGCCAGGUGGACCCCCCGCUGCACAGCCGAAUGUCCACACGGUCCCGGGGACAAAACUCUCAGCCCCGAGCCACCCCUGAGCCGGAGGAGGCCGGGCGUAGAGGCGGGAAGAGGCCCAAGGCCUCUGGAGCUGUUCCUGCAGCCCAGGCAGCGGACGGGCUGGGGGCCAAGGUGAAGCUGGAAGAGAAACAGCAGCAUCCAUGCCAGAAGUGCCCUCGGGUCUUCAACAACCGCUGGUACCUGGAGAAGCAUAUGAAUGUGACCCACAGCCGCAUGCAGAUCUGCGGCCAGUGCGGGAAGCGUUUCCUGUUGGAGAGUGAGCUGCAGCUACAUCGGCAGACGGACUGCGAGCGCAACAUCCAGUGCGUAACCUGCGGCAAAGCCUUCAAGAAGCUCUGGUCCCUGCAUGAGCACAACAAGAUCGUGCAUGGUUACGCAGAGAAGAAAUUCUCCUGCGAGAUCUGCGAGAAGAAGUUUUAUACCAUGGCACAUGUGCGCAAGCACAUGGUUGCCCACACCAAGGACAUGCCCUUCACCUGUGAGACCUGUGGGAAGUCCUUCAAGCGCAGCAUGUCGCUCAAGGUUCACUCGCUGCAGCACUCCGGAGAGAAGCCGUUCCGCUGUGAGAACUGCAAUGAACGCUUCCAGUACAAAUACCAGCUGCGCUCCCACAUGAGCAUCCACAUCGGCCACAAGCAGUUCAUGUGCCAGUGGUGCGGCAAGGACUUCAACAUGAAGCAGUACUUCGAUGAGCACAUGAAGACGCACACAGGGGAGAAGCCAUACAUCUGUGAGAUCUGUGGCAAGAGUUUCACCAGCCGCCCCAACAUGAAGCGGCACCGGCGCACGCACACGGGAGAGAAGCCCUACCCGUGUGACGUGUGUGGCCAGCGCUUCCGCUUCUCCAACAUGCUGAAGGCACACAAGGAGAAGUGCUUCCGUGUCAGCCACCCACUGCCCAGCGACCCUGCCACCCUGCCCACCCCACACCUGCAGCCCACAGCCCCCCUCUUCCCCACUGCAGCUCCCAGGCUGGACACCAACUGACCCCCAGCACAGGCCCUCCUGGCCAGGGACAGCAGAGACACAGGCUGGGGGCUGUGCUGAGGCGGGGUGCCCCUGGCACUGGGUCCCGGUGCAUGCUGGGAGCUCCCUUCUGCAGCUCCUUGCAGGUUUUGCUCCUUACCUUUGGGAGUAAGGGAACACAGAAGGACUAGUUGGCUACACCCCUCCAGGUGAGGGAUGCCGGAGGCAACAGAUACAGGGCAGGGGGACUCUGGGCUGCAGACAUGGCCAUGAGCCAGGCAGGGCCUGGGUCAGCCUCGCCUGCCCGUCCCAGCUUUCCUGUGCCCUGACUUACUCCCUAGGAUGGGAAGGUUUUGGGGGGGGGAAUUCGGGUACACCCCUGUUGAAGGAGUUGUGGACCCGCCCCCCCCAGCAGGCCUAUGCCCAGGGAGGCAUGGCAGGGUAGGGGAAUGGCAGGAUGUGAGGGCUGCAGACCCCCUCUGUGUGAUAAAGAGUGGGGCGGGAGGGGCUGGCCCCCAUGGGUUUCUUUUCCUAUUCGCAUCCCUGCCAGGCAGGUUCAGGGAUCCUCAGCCUGUGCAGGACUUUUUAAAGAGCCCCAAAUCCUGGAGAGACUUUCUCUGGGUGCUGGGGACCAAGCCUUCAGGGGGGUGGAGAAGCUGACUCCUCAGCCCCAGCUCCCAGGGGUCCUGCAGGAGAAUGAUAUCCCAGGGGUGGGUCUCACAGGAGCCUCAGGCAAGUAGUUCAGGGUUUCACGGUGCUAUCUGUGGGUCAGGGGACAAGGAGGUGUCCACAGGGCGCCCCUGUCCCUUACCAGCCUGCCUGGCUGGCCUCCCCCACCAGGAGACACAUGCAUCUGUGUCUGCUCCCCAGAGGCCUACAUGAGGCCUCUUGUGGGGCCAGGCCACUACCCGCCUCUGGCUGGCACCUGGUCCCCCUGCACUCUGCGCUGCCUGGUGUGCCCGCCCAGCCAGGGGGCUCAGCCAGUGCCCAGUGCUUGCCCUUGGGAGGCAGGCACUUAUAGGUGACCCUUCUCUGUCGUCAUUCAAUGUCCUUAUUCCUGCGUUCAAAUGGGAGAAGGUUUCCAUAAGCUGUUUGCUGUUCUGGUCUCCCACUGUUCAUAAGCUUCUGUUUGUCACACUCUGCACCUUAUUCCCUUCCCAUCACCACCUUCCCAGCAUGCCACACUGGGAAGAGGCCUGCGCCCAAGGGUCCAGGCAGAGGGCACCAAAGCCCUCUGACCUCAGAGGCCCAUGGAGCUGGGACAGAGGGCUGGGGACAUUUUAAUCAUCAAUAAACGAAGCACUUUAUUCUGUA